UUGCGGCCCCUACUACGUCGCCGCCCUAUCGCCGAGACCUCCGCGCCGCCGCACGCCGUCCUUGAGUUUCCCGAGCUACCAUGGCGAACGGCUGGGCUCCCAUAAUCGGGCUCGUCGUAGUGGCGGUCUUCUGCGGCAGCGCCUGGUUCCUAUCACCCAAGGGCGAGAAUCAGACAAUCUGGAGAUCAACACUCGUCCUUUCGGCGGCAGCAAUGUACAUUAUGUGGGCAAUAACCUUCCUCGCCCAACUACAUCCCCUUAUCUCGCCGAUCAAGGGCAAUCUCCGACCCGAGGUAGACACAUGAGGCGGCAGCAGGAAAGGCUGGGAAUGGUAAGAGGGCGAGCUAUUUCGAUCGGAAAGGCUACGUCUUGCAUGAUGCGUUCGCAGAUACCGACUGUAAAGCGGUAAAUAGUAGAACACAUCGAGCUGCAUUGGCGAAGCCGUGGCUCGGAUUGUAUUAUGGAUUUUGGUGCUGGAGUUUAGACGCGCUUGAGCGGGCUGUACCGAAUAUUGGAAGG